CAAAACAUACACAUACCGUCUCGUACAGAUAAAUUUGUUCCUUUCAAUAAUCCCAUUUUCAUUUUCUUCUUUCAGUUGCGCUUUGCGCCUUGUGAGUUGUUGUUAGUGAACGUCGAAUAUUUUGAAUUAUCGUAAAAUUUUGUCGAAAAUUUACGUCGCUGUACCGAAAAAUGUUGCAAAGUUCGUCGUCGACGAAGGGCAAAACUUCGAGGCAACUGGUAUCUCGGAUCGGCUAAACCGAAAUCCUAGCGUUCAGCCCCUAGUUGAUUUGCGCAAGCCGCCGCUCGGGGAUAUUCCGGCAUAGCUUUCAGUUUUCAGCUGCCAAGUUUCAGCAGUUCAGCUUCAGUUUCUCAGUAGUGGUUCAAUAUGGCGCACGGGCAACACAAACUGCUCGCCGCCCGCAAUCCAGAUCGCCAGGGAUACAUUUCUCGCAUGCGCGAACGGAAACAAAGAAAGCUCUACUCCGACGAUUGGGCUCUCGGAGAUGAGGAGGAAAUCGAAGGCCGAAGAAGUUUCAGUCUCCAGGAAAAACUCGAUGAUCCCGUCUUCGAGUCCCACGGGAUGGUUAAGGAAAUGAGAGGCGAGGAACUUAAUUUAGCCUACUUCCAGAAAUAUGGCUUCAAUACGCCUUUACUUUUCAAAGACAAAAAUGGACUCGGUCUAAGAGUCCCUUCAUCAAAUUUCUCAAUAAACGAUGUCAGAGUGAGCGUGGGUUCUCGAAGACUUCUCGACGUCAUGGAUGUCAACACUCAAAAAAACAGCGAAAUGACGAUGAAAGAAUGGCAGAAGUAUUACGAGGACCCUGCAAAAACUCGCUUAUUGAACGUUAUAUCUUUAGAAUUCUCUCACACAAAGUUAGAGAACUAUGUCCAAGGUCCUGCCGUUGUCCGACAAGUCGAUUGGGUGGAUUGUGUAUGGCCGAGGCAUUUAAAAGAAAGCCAAACUGAAGCUACUAACUUGUUGGAAGAUAUGAAAUAUCCGAAAGUCCAAAAAUAUUGUUUAAUGUCAGUUAAAGGAUGCUAUACGGAUUUUCAUGUAGAUUUUGGUGGCACCUCCGUGUGGUAUCAUAUUUUAAAAGGCGGCAAAGUGUUUUGGUUGAUACCUCCCACAGAACACAAUAUGGAUCUCUACGAGCGAUGGUGCCUUUCUGGUAAACAAUCUGAUAUAUUUUUUGGGGACACUGUUGAUAAAUGCGCCAGAAUCGUUCUACAAGCUGGUCAGACAUUUUUCAUUCCCACUGGAUGGAUUCAUGCAGUUUACACUCCGUUAGAUUCCUUAGUAUUUGGCGGAAACUUUUUACAUUCUUUCGGAAUUGAAAAGCAACUGAAAGUAGCGCAAGUUGAAGAUACAACAAAAGUUCCUCAAAAAUUCCGCUACCCAUUUUUCACCGAGAUGCUUUGGUACGUUCUGGAACGUUACGUUCAUUGCCUUUUGGGUAAUUCUCAUCUGGCUACUGGACAAGAUGCCCCAAUACCACCGGACAGGCCUCAUAUACAUUUAACUCAGGCUGAAUUACACGGCCUAAAAGAUAUUGUCCGGUACCUUCACAUGUUACCUUCACACAAAAAAAAUCUUCCAGACUUGAUCAGGGAUCCUAUUGCACUAAUUCAAGAUGUCAGGACGUUAAUAGGUCUACACAGGCAAGAUGUUAGAGAAUUGGCUAUCACAAAUAGACCAAUUUUGAGCUUGCCCCCAGAAGAAAGAAAAAGAAACAUCCACAAGCCAAAUAAUACAAAUAACAAUUUAGUGAAACCCAAUAGACCUCCUGGAAGUUUCAAGGGACCAAAGAGCUCCCCAGGUUCUGCCCCUGGUGAUAAAGGGGGACCUCGGAGACGAAGGACAAGAUGUAAAAAAUGUUCAGCGUGUCAGAGAGCAGAUUGUGGUGAAUGUACCUUCUGUUUGGACAUGGUCAAAUUCGGUGGGCCAGGUAGGGCGAAACAAACUUGCAAUAUGAGACAGUGUUUGCAGCCAAUGUUGCCAGUAACUGCUGCCUGUGCAAGGUGCGGCCUGGAUGGUUGGAUGCAAACCCCAGUGGCUCCUUUGCAAAAAGGACCUCAGAGAUGUGAUACAGCCAGUACUCUUAUGGAAUGUUCGGUCUGCUACGAGAUUGCCCAUCCACAAUGCAUUCAACGAUUGUGUCAAGAUUUCAGCGGCUUUAUAAACGAGGAUAUGCCCAAUUCAUGGGAAUGCCCUUUGUGUUGUAAAUUAGGAAAGAAUACUGAUUAUAGGCCCCGACAUUUCCGAGCCAGGCAGAAAUCUUCUGAUAUAAGAAUCAGCAUAAGUUCGGACGCAUCCAGUGCGUUCGAUAACAAAAUCCAACCAGAACAUUCGGAUUCUGGUAGCGAAAAUGACCAAAAAGAAACCAAACUUCAGGAAUUGUUACCAAUCAAAAAACGAAGAUCCAGCGAAAAUUCUGAAUUAGAUACCAAAUUAGCUCCACCUCCAACAACAAAUGAUGGACAUAGAAAGACUGCCUUUAGGAUGCAACUUGCGCAACAAAUUGCUUGUAAUAGUACAAAGGUCCUAAAAAAACCUAUAGUAGUUGUAAGACCCGCCCCCCUUAUGAUGCUAAACCCAAUAGUACCUACAAACAAUUUAGUCCUAGAUAAGCGAGUUAUGUUAAGCGUAUUCAAGUACUUAACUUCUAAAGAACUUCUAAACUGCGCUCUGGUUUGUAAAACCUGGGCAACAUACUCUAUAGAUCCGUCCCUAUGGAAGCGUAUGGAAUUCGACCACAAAAAGAUCUCAAGCGAUAUGCUUAAGGGUACGGUGCGCAGGCAACCCGAAAUUUUAAGCCUUAACUGGUGCAGGAUUAAUCAUUUCCAACUUCCAUGGUUGAUCCAGAGGCUGAACAAUUUGAAACAGCUUUAUUUGGAGAGUAUCGAUGUGAAAAGUGCAAUUUCUCUGAGGACCAAUCAUUCGGCGAUUUUGCAAGUUUUGGAUUUGAGUUUUAUUUCGGAUUUCAAUGAUUCUGCUUUGAGAGAAAUUUUAGGAACAAACAACGACGCACGUUCCGGCCUAGCAGGCGACAAAAUCCGUUUCCGUAACCUGAAAACCCUUAUACUAGCAGGAACCGACAUUACCGACAUCGCCAUGCGCUACGUCACCCAAUAUCUUCCGAACGUUCAGCAUUUGAGUCUGAGCAUGUGCCCCAGAAUAUCCGAUGCGGGUAUCGCUCAGCUCAGUACGAAACCAGCCAAUACGUUAACUAAUUUGAUAAGUCUGGACUUGAGCCACGGCAAGUUGGUCACCGAGGCGAGUCUCGAUCAUUUGUCCAAGUGCGAAAAGUUGACUAGGUUGGAUUGCAGACAGGCCCUAAAUAUUUCUACUCAGGCUUUGAUUAAGUUUGCUGCUAAAAGUAAACACGAUUUGCAAGUGAGAGAAAUUAAAUUGGUUGAUAUUAGGCUAAAAUCCAAUUGAACGUAAUUAUUUAUGGAAGAAUUUGACACCGUGUGUUCUCUAAGCUAAAUCAAUAAGCAGCUGUUAAUAAUCAAUAUUCCAAAUUAAUACCUUUUUUUAUCAACAGUUGGUGUAGCAUGGCAAUUUUUAUUUUUCUUAUUAAUUUACUGCUUCUUUUUUCAAGAAAUCGCUUUUAGAUUUGUUUCAAUACUUGUUUCAUCCACAUUGUGGUGAUAAGAAUAACUACUGUUUUGAUUAAGAAACGGAAGCACUUUAUACGAGAGUAGAUAGUAAAAGACUGUAAUUACUAGCUAAAAAUUCAUGUUAAUAUCUUUAGAAUAUUUAACAAUAAAAAAGGCGAAAAUUUUUAGUAUCAAUAAUUAUUGGAGUUUUGGUGCCUAAACUAUUAGAUAUAAAUAAAUUUUUUUGAAUGAAAUUAGGCACCAAAACUGCAAUAAUACAAAUAUUCCAAAUCAUGAAAACGCUUUUUCUAUUUCUGGGAUGUUCGAGGCCUGAAUUUGGCUAUCAACCAAAGUCAACCUUUCACAGUAAAGAUUUGCUUUAAUCGUGUAUAUAUUGUGAUUUAGUUAAUAUUAGUAAAAUAUCUAUCAUAUUAUUAAGAGGUAGGUUUGUAAUUCUUUCUUAAAUGGAGCAUAUAUGUUUUGAGUCUCUGGUUCGUUUGAAACAACUUAAGCCAAUUUUUUUUUUAUAAAUUUACAAAAUUUCCUUUAAACAUAUUGUACAAACUUUAUAUUUUGACUGAGGCUCAAUGUUUUAUUUAAAAUAGAACAUAAAACUUUUGCAUUUAUCUUUUUUUUUUGUAGGUGGGAUAAAAAUAUCCCAUGUGGAAACUUUAUACAUUAGUGGUUUGUCAAUUGAAAUCGACUUACUUGAACUUGAUAACAAGCACAUUAUUUAUUGGGAAGUAGUUUUUUUUUAUGGGAAAGUUCAAGUAUUAGAAUAAAACCACGAUCUCCACUUAAAUUGUACAGUUGGGUUAUUUCUGUAUUUGAUUUGAAUUCUCAAUAUAUUUAACGCUACAAAUACUAAUAUGUAUGUAGUUACAUAUUUUAAAUUUGAUAUAUCAAAUGUCUUUAUCUGUAUAAUGUGAUUUUAAUUUAGCUUAUCAAUAUACCAGUGUUUUUCGAAUAAGGAACAUUUCAUUUAGCUUUUUGCCAUAGUGUGAAAAUGUGUCACAAAUCAAAAAAAAUCUAGCACAUUCGAGAAUUUCUCCUAUAAUAAAUAAUGGUUAUUUGUCUUUAUUUCAGUAGUUGAGUGCAAUUUUUCAGAAAUUGUUUUUUCUUUAUGUAAAAAGUAUUAUUAAAUUUUAAAAAUAUUUCUUUUUAUUCGAUUUAUAAGAUUUAUAGAGUGAUAUAAUAAACAUUUUUGUACCUAAAUAAUUUAUUUUUAUUUCUGUCAAUACAUCAACACAAUUACAUAAUAUAACAUAUCACAUAAAAAAUUUAUUAAAUUAAAAAAUACAAUCUGCAUAGCUAAGCUGGAGUAUAUAAAUUAUUGCGCUUUUAUGUAAAAAAAAAUAUAAUAAAUAUAAUAUUGCAAUAAUUCAAGUAUAACAGUUUAAAAUAUAUAUGUAUAAAGAAAAACAAUAAACCGACAAAAAGUACAUGAGGCAUGGAGCUAUUUCCUCUUAGCUACAGUCAAUGUUUGUUAUCACUGAAAAAAUAAAUAAGUUACAAAAUCAAUCAGAA